AGAAAUGAUGAGACUUUAAACGUCAACAAAACAAAAUAGAUAAGAAUAAAAAUUGAAAUAAUUGUAAAUAUUAGAAGAUAUGUCAUCAUGUGGAUAUUUAAGAAUUGAAGAGCUUUAAAUGACUAUCAUGCUGUACGUGAAAAACUAUCAGCCUUUAAUAUUGUGAACACAACAAUGAGUUGGUUCGAUGCAGCAGGUCUGGCUAACAUUGCAAAAUCAGCUCUUAAAGAAGCACAACGCACAAUCGAUAAAGCGUUAGAUAUUAAGGACGAAGCUGUGAACGAAAAUAAUUUACCAGUCGAUAUCAAUAAUGAUGAUAUCUUUGGAACGUGGGUAGUGUCACAACCGAGUAAAAAUGAAAUUAAGGACAAAGAAAAUAACACACAAAAUAGCGUAUGGGGCUCAUUCACUGGAUCAUUCUUCGACCAUUCCAAAGAAUAUAAGAAGAGUGUUUCACUGGAAGGUUUGGAUGACUCUGCCGAUAUAAAUUCGCAGCAUUUCAGUCAAAGCAAACUCGUGGUGGAUAGUAUUGGUGAAUUUGACCAUAAUGCAGUAUCGAAACAAGUGAUACAGGAAGAAAGCAAUCAAAAUGAGAAGCUAGUUGAUGUUGAGAAAAAUGGGAACAUAAUUGCUACCAAUUCUACCGGGAAAUCAUCAGAUGGAGUUCUAGAAGUCAAAGAAUCAUCAGGUAAUGAACAGAAACUUUAUAUGGAAGAUUCUUGUCAAAAGAUUGAGGGAGCAAGUAAUAAUGAAAGUUGUACUAGUACAGGUGACAAAUCACGGUCCCACCUGAAUAACGAAAAUCAGGAAGUUGUUACAGAAACCGAAAUAACAAAUAACAAAACCGAAAACGAAGUCAACCUUAUUCCCAAUGUCAUUGAGAAAGCUCCCUUACCUGACGCUAUAACAGUUCCUCCAAGUAGAAAAAACACGCAGCUUAUGCCGAUCAACGUUAUUGAACCAACACUAGUCAGCACCCAGCCUCAAAUAUCUCAGCAAGAGCUUCCCGAACUUCUGAGAAAUACAAAUAUAAUAGAUAUACCCGUGGAGGACGACUCUUUGAUGAGUUGUUCGGAGAGUACUUUAGAACUGUCUACUGAUGAGGGCUCGCAAUCUGACGUAACCAUCAAAGCUACCGAGAACAAUGAAGACUCUGGCAGUGAUAACGAAAAAAGCAUGUCUCUGAUCCAGUCGCAAAUUUCAGACACAACAUCUGAUAAAAACUCCUCGUCGGCAUGUGUGCAAAGCGACUCAAAUUCCGUCAUUUACGACGGUAUUUCUUCGGAAAACCUCUCCAUUAUUCACCUUGAAAUGCCCCCAAGAGAUUACUCGCCUCUUAGUUCUGAAAAAUCGGAUUUGGUCAAAAUAGGUUCAGAUCAUACGUCAGGUCACACCUCCGGAGAUGAAUUAGAAACAACAACGUCAUCAGAUAUCGAAAUAAUUUCCAGUCCAAAUGGCGACUCAAGUAGUACACAGAGUCAUCGAAGUCCCCUCAAUAACUUAACAGGGAAAGGCGCUUCCAAAGAAGAAACAUUACUGGGUGAAAAAACUACGAAGAAUACGAAAGUUCAUAAUAGAGAGCUAUCGGAAACUUCCAGCAUAAGCGACGAUUUACAUUCCCAAGACGUAGAGAAACUGUUGAAAAAAAUCGCGGAAAUAACGGAAAUUUUGGAGUCUAGAGAAUCGAAAAUCGUGGAGAUCAAUCGUAAGAACAUGGAAUUACAAGAGUUGAAUAUGGAAUUGAAAACCCAUCUGAAUUCCGCCUUAUCCAAACAAUCGGAGUCUCAAGAUUUGACGCAGGUAACUGAAGAAUACGCCCAGAGGAUGUCCGUGUUGGAAAAGAAGUUCCAACAGGCGAUACGAGAAAAGGAUACACUCAGAAAAGAGCUGGAACAGGCCAAACAAGAAUCGUCGAUGAGAUUAAGCAGAGGAGACUUAGAUACGAUAGUAAACGAAAAAGAUGAAAUGAUAAAACAACUAAGGGAGGAAGGAGAAAAAUUAUCCAAACAACAGUUACAACAUUCGAACAUCAUAAAAAAAUUGAGAGCGAAAGAAAAGGAAAACGAAACUGCAAUCAAACAACUUAAAGAGAGACUGGAAGAUUUAACAUCCGAAAACGACAGAUUGAAAAGAACAGUAAACGCAAAGGAAGAAGUUGAAAGAACACAAAUUGAAGCAGUUAAUAACUUAACGUCGAAGAAUAAGAAAUUGGAGAACGAUUUAGCGAAAGUGAAGAGCGAGUUGGAUGAUCAAGUUCAGAAAUAUGAAACAUUAAAAAAGUCUUUAGAGGCUGCUAGGAAGGAAUUGAACGAUAAAAAUAAAAUAACAAAUCAAUUAUCGGCCAAGGAACAAAUGCUGGAAGCUCUGGAAAACGAGAAAAAGGUGGCCGAAUCUCAGAGUCAAGAUAUUAUAAAUCAGUUACAGUAUUUGAGGAUGAAAUUGCACGAAUGCGAAUCCGAAUAUUUAGAAAAAGAGAAAAAAUUCAGAGCCGAAAAUAACGAAUUGUUAAAGAGACUCGAGAAUGCUGAAAGUAGAAACGAAGAGUUAUCUCAGUCGGUGUUAGAAGUGAGCAAGCCCUUAGUUAGACAGUUAGAGUCUUUACAAACGAGUCAUAACCUUAAAGUAUCGCAAUUUGAAAAAAUCGAAAUGGAAUUGACCUCGAAAAUCAAUGAACUUCAACUCCGUCUCACAUCAGCAUCCAACAACGAGAGAAAAUCUGAGGAGGAAUGCACCAAAUUGAGUUCCACGUUAUCCAACCUUAAAUUAGAAUUAAACAGUGUCAGACACGAGAAAGAACUGUUGGAAAUACAAUUAGACCAGGUGAAAACAGAGAAAAUGAUAUUAGAACAAGAAUUAAAGGGUAAGAUCGACCAUUUGCAGUCAAGUAUGAAAACCAAGAACGAGAAGAUAGAACAGUUGGACAAAGAGAUAAUAGUAUUGAAAAAUUCCUUUAAAAAAUCAGUCGAAGACGGAGAUCCCAAAGAUUCAUCCCAGUUGUUGAAUUCGAAGCAAGACAUAGAUUAUAAUAUGGACGACGCAAAUUCUAACCCUAGAAGUAAUUCGCCUACACUGAGCGUCGGGAAAGCUUCUGUGGCCGAGUCUAUGGUUAGUUCGGUAUGGUCACAGAUCGAAUCUUUCGACAUGGGGCACGUUCCGCGUUAUACCAACAUGUUGGAGAUCCAGAUGCUCCAAGGCAACCUCCAACAGAGGGAGGGGGAGUUGCAGCAGUUGCAGUGGGAGUUGAACAGGAGGGAGCAAGAGAGGAACUUGAUGAACGCCGAACUGACCACUUUGACAAGCAAGGUGGAAGAUUUAACUAAGGAAACGGAAGAAUACGAGGCGUUUAAACGUAAAUUCGAGGAACUUCAAGAGCAGUAUGAUCUGCUGUGUCAGAUGUACGGUGAAAAAGUAGACGAAGUUGAGGAAUUGAAGUUGGAUCUCUUGGAAGCUAAGGAAGCUUACAAGAGUCAACUGGAUGAGCUGCUUAAGAUGAAUAGUUCAUAGCUUUAAAAUUUUUCCCAUUGUGAUAGCUUGUUAGGAUAGUGGUUAUGUAUGAUAUGCAAGGUUUUAUAUUUGGACUGAUCGUGGUAUAUUUAUUGUAAGUAUUUAAUUAGAAGAUUUCAUAUAGUCAAUUAUUUUAUGUUCAUUUGGAGUCAUGUGAGGGAAAGCUCAUAAGAACUAAGACCUGAAUCAUUGACCGAUCUAUUGCGCAGAUGGCAAACACUGCCAAUGAUAUUGGUCCAUCUCUUAGGUCUUAGUAAAGUUGGAUGAACCUACCCUCAUGCACAAUUUAUAUUGAAAACUUAUGUAAUUGAUGGUCUUAAUUUUUAAAAAAUGAAGGAAACUUUCAAAAAGAUGGAAGCUUAAUUUCAGUUCUUUUUUGAGCAAUCCAAAUCGAAGAAUUGAGACCAUCAAAUAUUCAACUUGUCAGCAACCGGUUUAAGCAGUUAAAUAAACUCAGAUUCAUUUGUUCUUUUUGAAAAUUGUUAUUGGACAACUUCAUCAAGUAAUUUUUGAAAUACACACAUUCCCCAGUAAGAAAAGAGAA